CACAGCUUGUCUAUCUUGUCAGUCCUGUGCCAGCUCCAGCAUGCAUGUCUGCCUAUCUGUUGUUUCGUGGCUUCGUGUCUGAAUGUACGCCUCGCUUUGAUCUCCAGCAUCUGCUUCUCAUCUAGCAGCUCGCUCGGCCCCACGCCAAGAGGACGCAGCCAGUCUUCAUUCUGGAGGGAAAGGCCCCAGUCGAGUCCAGCAGGGGGGAUGGAGGUGGCGGGGAGGCGGGUUCCCUCAGCCCCGGCCCUGCGGCUCUGCCUCUGACCCAGGCGGAGAUCCCCGGACCCUGGCAGAGCGAGAGCCUGCUGGCAGAGUCCUGGUCCACGAUGGGCGACAUGGACCCCGAGGACACCAAGAGCCUGGACAGCAAUGACGAAGUGGUUCUGGGUGGGGAGGAGAACCACUCUUUCAACUCCGACAUGGUCCACCUGGAGCGAGAGGAGGCCGAGUUGCUCGAGGAAGCAGAAAAGGAGGAGGGGGCGAGGAGAACAGAGGAAGAGGAGGACGAAGAGCUGCAGACGAGCGUGCUGAGUGUUUUAGGUGGGGAGAGGGAGCUGAGUGAGCUCAGGGAGGAGGAGCAGGACCUUUAUGCCCCAGAAACUGAGGAGCUCCUGGUGUCAGCAGAGGAGCCUUACGUGGAGAAGAAGCCCGCAGAGUUCAUGCAGGUGGUUCCCCCGAUGGCGCUGCCUCCUCUGCCUAUCGUCAGGCUGGAUCCCCCCUCCACCACGUCCACCCCGGUCCCUUCAACCACAGCCUCUGAAGCGGAGGAGCUUUUCUCAACUCAAGGGCUCCACCCUCCUUCUAUUCUUGCACGGAUGGCAGAAGAGCCUUCGUCAGAGAGUCUCGAGCAACUCAAAUUCUCACAGAUUCCCCUCUCGGAUGUUGAGGAACACUCAGCCAAAGCCUGUCAAGAAGCACCAGAAAAGCCAGAGCCACCAAAGCCCAGUGCUCCCAAGACUCCCAAACCUCUGAGCUCCACUGAGUUGCUGUGUGGAGGUGCUGCUUUAGUUGCUGUUGUGGGAGUAGUGGCAUAUGGUGCUGUGGCCUACUGCAGAAAGUAGUCUCCUUUAACCCCGAAUCACCCUUUCAACACAGGUUUUUAAAUCUAUUCCAAAUGAAAAUAUUUUACUACACUCUCGGGAUUCUGGAUUUUACUCUCCGACACUCUUACUCUGUAUUGUAGUUAUUAUAGGACACAUUCAUUUGAUUUUGUGCUACCUCAGCUCACUGCAGAGCUUAUGGCCUUUGUUUUUCUGUAUACAAUAGACCUCCAAUCUCUAAAAUGUAAACCUGGAAUGUAAAAUCAUGUAGAGGUAGAAUUUUAAAGAAUCCUGAAACUUGAAAUGUUUGGUUGAUGUUUCUUUGUGUGACUGUGUCUCUUAUUACUUCACCAGAAAACAACAUGAGGGAUGAAAUUGGACACCAAUUCCUGUUCUAGCUACAUCAUGUUAUUCUAGACUUUACCAAAGAACUGCUACUCUGUUCAGCCAAUAGAUUCCUUUACACUUCAUGCAACUGCAUGUACAGUACAGUGUUGCAUAUAAGAAAGAGCAGGAGAGAAUUGGGAGCGAGUGGGCUGAAAACAAGCUUUUUGGCUUCUGAACCUGCAAGUUCUGAUUUUUUGGCCAUUUAUAGGGGCAGCAGAAAUAAGCUGCGAAAACAAAAACUGACAUAUUAUCACCGUUGCUCUUGCGAACUUGUUAGCAAACAGUUACCCAUUUUCACAUCCAGCAAAGCCACAUAAGCAUUCAUUUGGAGUCAUGUUCUUGGACACCUGAUGAAUGGAAGUCCAAUAUGGGGAAGUGGUGGCCUAAAUGUUAGAGAAGCGAGCUUGUGACCAGGAGGUCGUCGGUUCAAUCU